AUGAAAUUCUUUGCUUCUCUAAGCGUUGUCGUUCUAUCUGUUUCUGUAGUGGUUGCUGAGGUCGCUAAGGAGAACGUCUCUGGAAACAGUGUGGCCUCCGAAAAACAAGAAAAUGUUCAACAUCAACAGCUUUGGGCUAGCGAUGAUCACGGUGAAAAAGACGAGAAAAAGGACAAGGAUGACGGUAGUGACCAUGGUAACUUUAAUGGUUGCGCUGAUGGUGACUGCCAAGGAUCUGUCGACCGUGCUCUUGCCCACGCUAUGGUUCCCUUUGUAAUCAAUACCUUUACUUCCUCCGUGCCUUGCGCAAGUGGUACCAUCAAUUUCAACUCUUUACUCCCUACCGCGAGCGCAAUUGUACAGGUUGGAACUGGAGUUGGCGCCAAGACUGCUACCGUCAAAUGUGGAGGAUCCAGUGCCACUGUACUAAAUCCAUCUGACGUGUGCCCCACUCCAACUAGUGUAGUCAAAACUAUUACAGUUUCAGGACAAUUGGUGACAAUUACUCUCCCAGUCGCGGAAACUAUCGUUCAAACACAGAUUAAUACAGUCACAGGAGCCGGACAAACUGUCACCCAAACAUCUACAGUGACAUCUACUCAACCUUGUCCAUCAACCAAGGCUGCCUGCCCACGGAAAGGCACAGACAUAUACGUCCGUUGCGAUAUGCCAAUUGUCGAUAUUGCCAAGAAUGCAGAAGGUAACGCCUACUUGGCUGAUGAAUUUGCUCGACAAGCGGUGGAGGACGGCUGUUUCAUGGUAACCGAAUGGCGUUCAGACGGAACAAGUCCAUCGGUAUUCUAUAGGGUAGACGUGACCAAACCAGGUGCUGUUUCAGCGUAUAGAUCGGCGUGUGAAUCACAUGGCACCUUCCGCUGCUCUGAAAGCUUUUCUGCAAGCGAUGAUAUUUCAUGCCCUGCUUAG